GAAAACGCAAUGGCGCAGCGGACGAGCGAACUCAUCCUCGCCGCCGAGUCGUCGCUGGCCUUCCUCGCGCAGCUGCAGGAAGAAGAGGAGCACCAUGAGGCCUCGACCAUCAAAGACGUGGACAUGACGUCGUACGAGCCCGUGGCGACGCGGCCCGAAGUCAGCCGCGCGGCCAAGGCCGCCGCCCUCCUGGACGUGCUCGAGGCGGCGUCGGUCGAGAAGUCGGUCAAGCAGGGCAUGGCGCAUGUCAAGGUUCAGUUCCCAGAUCGGUCCGUCGAAUAUGUGGACGUGGACGCGGCGACGACGACCGUGGGCCACGUGCUCUACCUGGCGUGGGCCAAGCGCCAGAGCACGCCCAAGCCGUCGGAUGCGCCGCGCUUUGUGGGUCUCUUCCAAGGCCAGGAGGUGCCAAGCGACUGGGUUCUCUUGGACUGCGGCCUCGCGCUCGAAGGAACGCUCCACUUGCAGCUCGCAUCGUCGUCGCGGUCGGCGACGGCCAACAUGCGCCCGUACGACCAUGCGACGAUCUCGUCCAUCUCGAACGCAUACGAGACGCAGAGCGACGACAGCAACACGUACAACAACCCGACGAUGCAUCGAGCGGCGUGGAUCGAGCACUCGGUGCGUCCGGAAGAAGAUGCGUUUGCGACCGCGCUCGACCAGCUGUACACCAAGCUCGAGAUGGUCGAGGACCCCAACCAGCUCUGCCAACAAGUGCUCUCGCAGUACGUCGAGAUCCUCCAGAAUGAAAUCGAGGCCCGCGUCAAGGCCGGCGUCUCGUCUUCCUCGUCCUCCUCCUCCGCGCCAGCGCCAUUCUCCCUGCAGCAUGGCUUCUCGUUUCAAAACAAGCAGCCCGACCCGAGCGUGCUUCUCAACGAACUCAAAAACGAGCGCAACACGUGGCGAUUGCUCUACGAGCUCCGCGAUCUCAGCAUUCAGAAGCACGACGACCUCUGCGUCCUGCAGACGUCGUCGCAGCUGCCAUUGACGGCCGCGUCGACCGAGCUCGACGCGAUCGCAGCCCUAGAGAACCGCAACCAGCUCUACGCGCUUCAAAAAACCGUCCUCAAGUGGCUCGAAGCCGUCGCGGCCGAGAACGUGGUGGCGACGACCGAGAAGCGCCACAUGCACGCGCGGACGCUCAAGCAGCUCCAGCGCCAGCGCCGGGCGAGCGUCGUCUGCGCCAUGGACCCCGAUGGGCCGUUGCGCGAAGGCGACAGCUACGUCGACGACGACGACGCCGAAGACGAGCUCGACUUGCUCACGAGCGUGUGGCACCUCCUCCGCGCCGGCAAGCCGCGCGAGGCCGCCGACCUCUGCAUCCAGCUUGGCCAGCCGUGGCGCGCCGCAAGCCUCGCGGGCGGCGAAGUCAACGGCGCGUGCGAAGGCGACGACGGCGUCACGCGCUGGGGCAACCCGUACCGCAUCUUGUGGAAGCACAUGUGCUGGCAGCUCGCGGACGCCACAGACCAUGCAUCGAUGGCCAAGACGACGAGCCUGCGUGCGCGCGAGCUGGAGCGUGUCAUAUACGCUGCCCUGAGCGGCAACGCUACCGUCGUGUUGUCGUCGCCGACCUGCGCGUCGUGGGAAGACCACGUGUGGGCGCUUACAAAAGCGGCGGUCGGGCACGCCGAAGACGAUGCGAUCUCGCACCUGCUCGAGCUCAAGGCCCAGUCGACAACGCUGGCGCUCGAGCUCAACAAGGACCAUUUGCGUCUGUACCGUUCGUUUUUGGCGACGACCAAGGCCGUCGGCGGGCAGUAUGUGUCGAGCAUGGAGUCUCUCUUCGCCGAUGUGUCGGGCAGCGCGAAUGCGACCGUGCGGGACCAAGCCAGCCAUCCGCACCGCCGCAUCCAGGCCAAGCUCGUCUCGUCGCGUGUGGACGUCAUCAUCCGCGACAUCCUCGCCCGCCUUGUGGACACGGACGACAAGAUGUUGUUCUCGUGGGACCUCGGUCCGUCGACGCACGACGUGUCACCGCAGCUGCUCCGGUUCGGCGCCCAUUUCGUGCUCUUUAUGAAGACGACCGGCGAAGUGUUUGAUGUGGACGCGGGCCACAAGGUGCUCAAGGCGUACCUGCGCCACCUCGUGCAGCACAAGCAGUUCAAGCUCGUCGCGCUCUACGCGUCGCAGCUGCCGGAAGACGCGCGCGCCGCAGUCUACGCGCAGUGCGUCACGGCGGUCCCGUCGCACGCGUGCCUCGCAGCGAUCGCGCCGUUUUGCUCGCCGCCGCUGUUUGCACACGUCACCAAGACCGCGGCCGAAGCCAUGAUGACGAUGCCGCACGCCUCGGACGCCGACCGCAUCGGUGCGCUCGACAUCCUCUGCUACGACGAAAGCCACCGCGCCGAAGCCGUCGUGCAAGCCAAUUCCCUCGCUCGGUACUUUGUGCUUCAGGACAAGCAGUCGAGCUUGACGCCGCUGCUCGCGGCGCUGCCUCCCGACACGCUCGCGCUCCUCCACCGCGUCGACUUUGGCGACCGUGCCGACGACCUGCGCCGCGCCGUCCGCGAACACUUGGCGUGGAAGGCGUACGUGGAGGCGACCGAGGCCUACGAUGCGUGGCGAUCGCUGGUCGGCAGUCGGCGCGCCGUGAGCUGCUUUUCGGAGGAGGAGGCCGAGGUCAAGACAUUGUUGUUUCGGGCGUCCGUGGCUCUCGCCGCGCUCAUCGACGUGCUGCACUUUGAACACGGCUGGCUUCUGCACUGCGGCGUUGCCAACGCCGACGUCCUCCGCGCGCGCUGUCUGCCCUCGCUCGUGUUCUUUGCCCACCGCGUUCAAAUGGAGACGCUCGCGCAGGUCGAGCGCCUGCAGUUUUACCCCGCGGCGGCCAUCCCUACGAUGACGCUGGCGCUGGCGCGGGAUGCGCUGCAGCUGGCCGACGUGGUCGCGGACGAGCACUAUCGCGUGUACACGGCGUUCUCGAUGGACGAAACGAGACACUUGCUCGCGCUGCUGCAGCAAAGCGCGCUCGCACACCUCGCGUGCGCUCCUUAAUUCUACUAACACACAACCGACUUCCCUUGCAUUCUUCC